CUGUACCAACUGAGAACUUUAAAGUAACUUUAUAUGUCACUUAGGAUUUUAGCCAAAUGAAAUACUAAUUCUGAGAGUUGUGUGAGCAUCAUAUUUUAGCUUUAUUAGUUGUGAAUCAUGUCAUUUAGAGUGAUAGAUGGAUAAAAAGGUAGUUACACUGUUGGGGGAAAAUGGUCUCUUGUAGAAAGGAAAGAGUUGUGGUUUUGGCACUUGUGAGCUGCUUAGUUCUGUAGUGGGUGUUUUCCUCCAUUGGACAGGAAGACAUGACAGGGAAUGUAAAUGUUUGUGUGAGUGUGCAUGCGUACUUGCAUUCAUGAUCAGCUAGUGUGUCUGAAAGACAUACAGACAUACGGAGAGUCACAGAGUCUUUGGCUAGAGGGUGUAGGUCUGCCUGUUCACAAUGCUGUUGCCACAAGCUUUCUCUCUCCUAACCACCCUCACCCUCUCUACCUCAUGUACUGGUGUUAAGGAGACCGUUAGAGCAGCCAAAGGCAGUCCUUCCCACCUUCCUUGUCCCUCACCCUUUGGAUUUGAUGGGAAAGUUGUUUUUAAAUGGAAGAAAUUUGGAAGUCCUGACAUUAUUUGCGAAUACAAUGUGAAUGGAGAAAUCAGUUCAGUCGUAUCCUGUAAAUCUCGAUUCAAUGUAACCGGACAACCUCCUAAGCUGUAUGUUACAGAGCCAAAGAGCACCGACUCUGGUCUAUAUACCUGCUUAAUAUCAAGAGUCAUACCACCACCAACCAUUGAGAUAUCCUCCACUGUUGAUCUUCAAGUUACAGUUCCAGUGCUAUUCUCUUUUGCAGUGCUUCCAGGUCUAGUCCUAGAGAGGCAGAACAGCAGUGAUGCUGGCUGCAUCCAGCUUCUCUGUACUUUGGAGGGCCUUGACCCCCAGGACGUCAACUUCACUUGGACCCGACAAGGUCAGGGUUCACCGGAGACACUGUUGACCAAUCACAGCCCCUCUAAACAGAGCAGCUUUCUGACCCUGUGCCAAUCAGUGUGGAGAGAGGGUGACACGAUCACCUGCAAUGUCAGACUCUUAGCCAAUAACACCGACCUGAGCAUCAGACUUCCCUACAGUGAACUAAAGCCCUACCAUGAGAACAACCUUUUGACUAUCAUCUGUGUCAGCACAUCCAUCGGGGUUGUGGCCAUCGCAGCUGUCACCAUAAGUAUUUACAAAUGUCAGCAGAGGACCAAUGAUGAAGGUGAUUCCGUCUCAUAUAACAACAAGGUGUACGAGAACUUCAGUUUCAGCACACAAACCCAACAGAGACAGACGACCACUGCGUCCAUCCAGGAACAAUGCAUUUAUGAGAACUAGACAAUCUUAAUCUCACUCUGACAUCCUUGUUCCUCUUUUCAUCCGAGUUCAUAGAUGUGACAUUAUGACAUUGCCAGCAGUAAGAUUUUAGUUUGAUUUCCAAAAAGACAAGGCCUGUAGCUUUCAAAUGAUAUGUCAAUUUCUAUUUUCUGAUUAUUAUUUUUUGGGGGUUCAGAGUUUAACAGGUUAAAAUAUAUCUGACAAUCACGCAAAAACUCUUUCCAAACAUUUACUCUAGGCAUACAUUGGGUGGUUGCCAUUGAUAUCAUUAAAUUGUAUAUAACGUUUUCCUCUUCCUGUCCUUUUUAGUGUGAUAUAAAACCUUACUGUGCAUGUGUGAAUCACUCUGGAUAAGAGUGUUUGGGCCAAUGACUACUGGUAAAUUAAUGUAAUGUCCUCAAUACCUGCUUGGGACUUAUUUUCUAUGAGAUUUGCAUGUUCUGAAUAUCAAUCCUGUGGAAAUUCAUUGCUAAAUUAACAUGUAUGUAAAUGGUUUAAUGUACCGGUUAUCUGCAUUGCA